GUUUCCAUUGGGUCUCUCUUUUCCUCGUCUGUUAAACUUAUCCGUCUCCAUUUUUUCACGCGAAAAAAGACCGCACACACGCAAACACACAGUCGUUCGUAUGUUUUUAUUAUUAUUUUAUUACUGUUUAUUGGAAUUUGUUCUACGAAUAUAAGCAUUAAGCACACAGGAGAAUUAGGCGAGGUGAUUUGAGGCGAUAUAAAAAAAGGAGGAUUCAAUUUCAGCUGGGGAAAAUUCAAUCUCCUCACUUCACGCUGCGUGUCGUAUUAAAUCGAAUCCGUAGAUUGAAGUCUGGUAUAUGGUGAGCAUCAGCCGAACCCCAUAGCCACCUAUGAAAGGAUCAUCGUCAUGGAGGUGGAUGAUGAAGAAACAACACUUCUUAUUUGAUGGGAUGGACUCGAAAUUAUACCCUUUCGAAACAUCAAAGGACCCAGAUGUGGUCACCGCUGGCUUAAAUGGUUUGCCUCGUGGAAUCAUUGAAGCAACGUCAGACCUGGAAUUAAAGCCUUUAUGGAGUAGUUCUAAAUCAAAGCAAAGUGUACAGCGCUCUUACAAUUUGCUAGCAAUGCCUGUUGGAAUUAAACAAAAGAAUAAUGUCAAUGCCGUGGUUCAAAAGUUUCUUUCAGAAAAUUUUACCAUUGUGCUGUUCCAUUAUGAUGGAAACUUGAAUGGGUGGUCAAACCUGGAGUGGAGUAGUGAAGCUGUACAUAUAGUCGCUCACAACCAAACAAAAUGGUGGUUUGCAAAACGCUUUUUCCAUCCAGCUGUCGUGUCUAGUUAUGAUUACAUAUUCCUCUGGGAUGAAGAUUUGGGGGUAGAGCAUUUCCACCCUGGAAGGUACCUGGACAUUGUCAAAUCAUCUGGACUUGAAAUAUCUCAGCCAGCGUUGGACCCGAAUUCAACCGGUAUACACCAUAGGAUCACAAUUAGAAACCGAAUGAAAAUAUUCCACAGAAGAGUCUAUGAAGAUAGAGGUAGUACCAAAUGUUCAGAUGAUAGUGAGGGCCCACCAUGCACCGGGUUUGUGGAAGGAAUGGCUCCUGUUUUUUCCAGGUCAGCAUGGCAGUGUGCCUGGCAUUUGAUACAGAAUGACCUCGUUCAUGGAUGGGGCAUGGACAUGAAACUCGGCUAUUGUGCACAGGGGGAUCGCACGAAAAAUGUAGGGGUAGUUGAUAGUGAAUACGUAGUUCAUCAGAGUAUACAAUCUUUGGGUGGGCAAUCCGCAGUAAAGGUAAACUAC